GACGGUAGUUGAGCGAGAGAGCGAGAUUGAAGAGAUCUAACCGUUGGAUCUAUAACGGACGGCCAUGAUCUUCUGAUCGGCCAACAAUAUUGUUCAACGGUCAGAUUCCACGCGCGGCUCAAACAAAGUCUUCCCAAAAAGCUCCAGAAUCCACCCAUUCGCACUUCUUCGCUCCAUCUUGGCCCGGUUUAUCGAAGCUCUCUCCAGAGAAUCCGAAGCUCCUGUCCGUGUUUUUGAGGCCUUAUUGAUAAAGUAUUGCUUACUGUUGUGUUUGACUGUCUGUGUUUCUUUGCUUCUAAUGGGAUGGGGGAACAUUUACAAGAGGCGCCUGAAAGUGUUCACUGUAGCUUUAGUUAUAUACCUCGACUAUAAGACAGUAGAGAGGAGAGUGAAAUGGGUUAAGAGGGCCAAAAAAAGUGCUAUAUGGGAGAAAACUCACGAGCGGAAUGCUAAGAGGGUUCUCAAUCUGAUAAUAGAAUUGAAAGGCUUGUGGGUGAAACUUGGUCAGUAUUUAUCUACUAGAGCAGAUGUGCUGCCAGAGGCCUAUAUAUCUCUGCUCAGGCAGUUGCAGGACUCUCUACCUCCUCGUCCUUUGGAAGAGGUCUGUCGAACUAUACAAAGAGAGUUGGGGAAACCCAUGGAUGAUCUUUUCUCUAACUUUGUAAACCAGCCUAUUGCAACAGCAUCUAUAGCUCAAGUUCAUCGUGCGACAUUAAAAGAUAGGCGAGAAGUGGUUGUCAAAGUCCAACAUGAUGACAUCAAAGAAAUCAUUCUAGAGGACUUAAAGAAUGCAAAAGCAAUAGUUGACUGGAUUGCGUGGGCUGAACCACAGUAUGAUUUCAACCCAAUGAUAGAUGAAUGGUGCAGGGAAGCACCCAAAGAGCUUGAUUUUAACCAAGAAGCUGAAAAUACCAGGACUGUUGCCAAAAACCUAUGCUGUAAUGGCGUGGAUGAUAACACUGAUCAUGGUAAUCGUGUGAAUGUACUGAUCCCAGAAGUUAUCCUGUCAUCUGAGAAGGUCUUAAUACUAGAAUAUAUGGAUGGCAUCCGCUUAAAUGAUAGUGAGUCUUUAGAAGCAUAUGGAGUUGACAAACAGAAGAUUGUUGAAGAAAUAACUCGUGCGUAUGCUCACCAGAUAUAUCUUGAUGGCUUUUUCAAUGGUGAUCCUCAUCCAGGUAAUUUUCUUGUGAGCAAGGAGCCUCCACAUCGUCCAAUUUUGCUUGAUUUUGGGCUUACAAAAUCCAUAUCAAGCACAAUGAAGCGAGCCCUAGCAAAAAUGUUUCUGGCAUGUGCUGAGGGAAACCAUGUGGCACUAUUGUCAUCUUUUGCGGAGAUGGGGCUUAAGUUGAGGCUGGACAUGCCAGAACAGGUAAUGGAUGUUGCAACCGUAUUAUUCCGCAAUUCCACCCCACCCCAAGAAGCGCAAGAAACCAUGAAAAAUUUGGCCGAGCAAAGAGAGAAGAAUUUGAAGAUCCUCCAAGAAAAGAUGAAUCUUGACAAAAAGCAGAUUAAAAACUUCAAUCCUGUUGAUGCUUUCCCCGGUGAUGCGGUUAUAUUCAUGAGAGUUCUCAAUCUUCUUCGAGGGCUCUCAUCCACUCUGAACACUCGGAUAGUCUACUUGGAUAUAAUGAAGCCUUUUGCUGAGUCAACUCUUAGAGAAAGCAUGGGAUCUGGACCAGAAAUGAGUAAACAAUGGAUUUUCAAUACACCAGUACAUUCUGAUGUGGAGGUCAAGCUGAGGCAGCACCUAAUUGAGCUUGGAGAUAAAAUACUUGGAAUACAGGUUUGCGCCUAUAAAGAUGGAAAAGUCGUUAUAGAUACAGCUGCCGGUGUGCUUGGGAAAUAUGAUCCUCGACCCGUUCAACCUGACUCCUUGUUCCCGGUUUUCUCUGUGACAAAGGGGAUCACUGCAGGAAUGGUGCAUUGGCUUGUUGACAAGGGGAAACUUAAGCUUGAGGAGAACAUUGCCAAUAUUUGGCCAGAUUUUGGAACGAAUAAAAAGGAACUAAUAAAGGUUCACCAUGUUCUUAAUCAUACAUCUGGUUUGCACAAUGCAAUGGCUGAUCUUCAGAUGGCCAACGCAUUGCUAAUGUGUGAUUGGGAUGAAUCUUUGCGCCACAUUGCUAAUUCAGUCCCACAGACAGAACCUGGUUCUCAACAACUAUAUCAUUAUUUAUCUUUUGGUUGGCUUUGCGGUGGCAUCAUAGAGCAUGCAUCUGGGAAGAAAUUUCAACAAGUGUUAGAAGAAGCCAUCAUUCACCCACUGAACAUUGAAGGCGAGCUAUAUAUCGGCAUUCCUCCAGGGGUGGAAUCCCGGCUUGCGACACUAACCCUUGACACAGGAGAGCUGGAAAAACUAGCAGAAAUUAGCUCAAACCCUGAACUUCCAGUUAACCUGAGGCAGGGCAACCUCGCAGACAUGGCAGCCGGCCUCCCUAUUAUUUUCAACACACUCAACGUUCGCCGAGCUAUUAUCCCCGCCGCUAAUGGACACUGCUCAGCUCGUGCACUAGCGCGUUACUACGCUGCCCUUGCCAUUGGAGGUGUGAUUCCCCCUUUACAUUCUUUACAUUCUGAGCCGCCCCUAGGGACCCAUGUCCACAUACCGAAGUUGCCUUCGCUGAAGAUCAAGAAUAAAAGACAUGGCAAGAAAAUGACAUCUAAUGGCAAUAACAAUACUGAUCAUAGCUCGAGAAUUACGACUAACAAGAAGGGAUACAGCCUCAUUGACGAUAAUGCCAAUGAGAUUGCCAUCACUAAAACAAGCAAGAUGUUUACUAACCCAAAGAUCCAUGACUCAUUCAUGGGUCUUGGAGAUUAUGAGAACUUGGUGCUUCCUGGUGGUAAAUUUGGUCUUGGAUUCCGGAGAUUUCAAUCAGCAACUGGCAAGUUAACAAGUUUCGGGCAUUCAGGGGUGGGCGGAUCGACCGGUUUCUGCAACAUAGAGCAUGAUUUCGCCAUUGCUGUUACUGUAAACAAGAUGUCUCUGGGUGGUGUUACUAGGAGUAUAAUUCAGUUGGUUUGCUCAGAGUUGAAUGUGCCUUUGCCUGAUGAAUUCUCCAGCUUUGGAGAAAAGGGGCCUGAUAUGCAGUUGAAUCUCAAUGUCAGUUAGUUCUUGUGGUUUCUUUCAAAACCGGUAUAGUUAUAUAUAUAUAUAUAUAUAUAGCUGAGUGAUACAUACAAGAUGAAAAGGCUCACCAAUUUUUUCGUCUCCGAAUUCUUCGGGUAUAUAUCUGUAGAACUUAGAAUUCACUGAAACUAUUAUUUAUAUUGUGUUGUUUACUAUAACUUACAUUGACUGAAAGUGAAGCUCUAGUGAAAUGAAAUACACAUGAACUAUAAUUUACAAGAUUAGUGAUGUUGUUAAUUUAUUAAAUUUAAAGGGCGUGUGUAUGUAUGUAUAUAUGUGUGUGUAAAAUAAUGGAUGUGUUGUAUACUAA